ACCAGACAUUCCUUUCAUGCACAAAACUUUAAGCUUUCCGUCUCCAGACACCAUGAAAAUACCAACCACUAGAGGCUUAGCUACAAACUCUACAGCUCCAUUCUUGAGCAGAAUCUCAAAAUCAGCUUCAGCACUUAAAUGGGUUCCUCAAUAUCAGCCUUGUUGGGUCGAAUUUCGGGUCUCCUUGUCAAACGGGUCAGCUCGUUGCACUAAUUCAUCAGUUCAUGCGUCAUCCCCUGCUAUUCAGUCGGACUUUAAUUCAAACAUACUGCAUAUUCCAAAAGCAAAGUUACAACUUGUAGGGGAAACUGUAGAGAAGGUUAUAUACAGCUGUCGGUUUUUUGCUAUUCUUGCAGUCUGGGGUUCAUUGAUCGGCUCAUUUCUCUGUUUUAUCAAGGGUUGCACUUAUGUAAUAUCAUCAUUCCAAGAAUACUUCACAAGCCAAGCAAAGGUCAUACUGUUUCUUGUUGAGGCUAUCG